AGAGGGGUAGGCGGGCUGCUUGGUUGGCGUUGGCGCUCUGCAGUGCAGUGGAGUGUUAGCCCAGCUCCCUAUAUGGUCGGGGAUUAGCUCGGCGCUGCUGAGGCUGAGCCAGGAGCCGGAGGAGGAGGAAGAGGAGGAGGAGGAGAAAGAGCGCAGCAGCAGCCAGCGCACGCCGAGCCGCUGCCGGGGGAAGCAGAGGCGCCGGAGGCUGGGGCACCGCCGACGCCUCGGGAGCCAUGGCCGAAGGGGGAGAAGGAGGCGAGGACGAGAUCCAGUUCUUGCGGACUGAAGAUGAGGUGGUUCUCCAGUGCAUCGCAAACAUUCACAAGGAGCAAAGGAAGUUCUGCCUGGCAGCCGAGGGCCUUGGGAACCGCCUGUGCUUCCUGGAGCCCACUUCAGAAGCCAAGUAUGUUCCUCCAGAUCUCUGCGUCUGCAAUUUUGUGCUGGAACAGUCCCUCUCUGUGAGAGCCCUGCAGGAAAUGCUUGCCAACACAGGUGAAAAUGGCGGCGAAGGGGCAGCACAAGGGGGCGGCCACAGGACCCUGCUAUAUGGCCACGCAAUUCUCCUGCGGCACUCCUUCAGUGGAAUGUAUCUAACGUGUUUGACCACAUCGAGAUCCCAGACAGACAAACUUGCAUUUGAUGUAGGUCUACGGGAACAUGCCACAGGAGAAGCCUGUUGGUGGACCAUACAUCCUGCUUCCAAACAGAGAUCUGAGGGAGAGAAGGUUCGAAUUGGUGAUGACCUCAUCCUCGUCAGCGUGUCCUCUGAAAGAUACCUUCAUCUCUCAGUAUCAAAUGGGAAUAUACAAGUGGACGCCUCUUUUAUGCAGACACUCUGGAACGUGCAUCCUACGUGCUCAGGAAGUAGCAUUGAGGAAGGAUACCUACUCGGUGGACACGUAGUACGUCUCUUCCACGGUCACGAUGAGUGUUUGACGAUACCAUCUACAGACCAGAAUGAUGCCCAGCACAGGAGGAUAUUCUAUGAAACUGGGGGAGCUGGGACACGAGCCAGAUCUCUGUGGAGAGUGGAACCCCUUCGGAUAAGCUGGAGUGGCAGUAACAUCAGAUGGGGCCAGGCUUUCCGCCUCCGGCAUCUCACCACAGGCCACUAUCUGGCCUUGACGGAGGACCAAGGCCUUAUACUGCAGGACCGGGCGAAGUCAGACACCAAGUCCACAGCCUUCUCUUUCCGGGCUUCUAAGGAGAUCAAGGAGAAAUUGGAUUCCAGUCACAAGCGAGAUAUAGAAGGCAUGGGCGUUCCAGAAAUCAAGUAUGGCGAUUCCGUCUGCUUUGUGCAGCAUGUAGCCAGUGGUCUAUGGGUGACCUACAAAGCACAAGAUGCCAAGACCUCCCGCCUUGGACCUCUGAAAAGAAAGGUCAUACUCCAUCAGGAAGGCCACAUGGACGACGGGUUAACACUACAGAGAUGCCAGCGCGAGGAGUCGCAGGCUGCUCGGAUCAUUCGGAACACGACAGCUUUAUUCAGCCAGUUUGUAAGUGGAAACAAUCGCACGGCUGCCCCAGUCACCCUGCCGAUCGAAGAGGUCCUGCAGACCUUACAGGACUUGAUUGCCUACUUUCAGCCCCCAGAGGAGGAGAUGCGGCAUGAAGACAAACAGAACAUGGUCCGCUCACUCAAGAACAGGCAGAAUCUUUUCAAGGAAGAAGGAAUGUUGGCCCUUGUGUUAAACUGCAUCGACCGCUUGAAUAUCUACAACAGCGUAGCGCACUUCGCAGGGAUCGCAAGGGAGGAGAGCGGCAUGGCUUGGAAAGAGACCCUGAACCUCCUGUACAAACUGCUGGCUGCUCUCAUUCGUGGAAACAGGAACAACUGCGCUCAAUUCUCUAAUAACCUUGAUUGGCUAAUCAGCAAAUUGGACCGACUAGAAUCUUCCUCAGGUAUCUUGGAAGUUUUGCACUGUAUCUUGAUUGAAAGCCCAGAAGCCUUAAAUCUGAUAGCCGAGGGCCACAUCAAGUCCAUCAUCUCCCUGUUGGAUAAGCAUGGGCGGAAUCACAAGGUUCUGGAUGUGCUGUGCUCCCUCUGUCUCUGCAAUGGGGUCGCAGUCAGAGCCAACCAGAAUCUGAUUUGUGACAACUUGCUGCCCCGGAGAAACCUGCUCCUGCAGACCCGGCUGAUUAAUGAUGUGACCAGCAUUCGGCCCAACAUCUUCCUGGGAGUCGCCGAGGGCUCGGCGCAGUACAAGAAGUGGUACUUUGAGCUGAUCAUCGACCAGGUGGACCCCUUCCUAACAGCCGAGCCCACACACCUGCGGGUGGGCUGGGCCUCUUCCUCAGGCUAUGCUCCGUACCCUGGCGGAGGGGAAGGAUGGGGAGGCAACGGUGUCGGCGAUGACCUGUACUCCUAUGGCUUUGAUGGACUUCACCUUUGGUCAGGCCGCAUACCCAGAGCCGUAGCCUCCAUCAACCAGCACCUCCUGAGAUCAGAUGACGUGGUGAGCUGUUGCCUUGACCUCGGAGUGCCCAGCAUCUCCUUCCGCAUCAACGGGCAGCCUGUGCAGGGGAUGUUUGAGAACUUCAACACAGAUGGGCUCUUCUUCCCUGUGGUGAGCUUCUCAGCAGGUGUCAAAGUACGUUUCCUGAUGGGUGGACGUCAUGGAGAAUUUAAGUUCCUGCCUCCCUCUGGCUACGCCCCUUGCUAUGAAGCCUUACUUCCAAAAGAGAAGAUGAGAUUGGAGCCUGUCAAAGAAUAUAAACGUGACGCUGAAGGCGUUAGAGAUCUUCUGGGUACCACCCAGUCCCUCUCCCAAGCCUCUUUCAUCCCAUGCCCCAUAGACACCAGUCAGGUUGUUUUGCCCCCUCACCUAGAAAAGAUCCGAGACAGACUGGCUGAAAACAUCCACGAGCUUUGGGGAAUGAAUAAAAUAGAGCUUGGCUGGACUUUUGGCAAGAUACGGGAUGACAAUAAAAGACAACACCCCUGUCUUGUGGAGUUUUCAAAGCUGCCUGAAACUGAGAAGAAUUAUAACCUACAAAUGUCAACUGAAACCUUAAAAACCCUCCUGGCGCUGGGGUGCCGCAUUGCUCAUGUGAAUCCGGCUGCUGAGGAGGAGCUCAAGAAGGUCAAAUUGCCCAAAAACUAUACGAUGUCCAAUGGCUAUAAGCCAGCCCCUUUGGAUCUGUCUGAUGUGAAGCUGUUGCCUCCUCAAGAAAUUUUAGUGGAUAAGCUUGCAGAAAAUGCACAUAACGUUUGGGCCAAAGACAGAAUAAAACAAGGAUGGACUUAUGGCAUCCAACAGGAUUUGAAGAACAAGAGAAAUCCCCGGCUGGUGCCAUAUGCAUUACUGGAUGAGCGUACCAAGAAGUCCAAUAGGGACAGCCUCCGCGAAGCUGUUCGCACAUUUGUUGGUUAUGGCUACAACAUUGAGCUGUCGGACCAAGAACUGGCUGACCCAGCUGUGGAGAAAGUCAGCAUUGACAAGAUCCGAUUUUUCCGGGUAGAGCGGUCUUAUGCAGUGAGAUCCGGAAAAUGGUAUUUUGAGUUUGAGGUGGUGACCGGAGGAGACAUGCGCGUUGGCUGGGCCAGGCCGGGCUGUCGGCCUGACAUUGAGCUGGGUGCCGAUGACCAAGCCUUUGUGUUUGAAGGCAGCAGGGGCCAGCGCUGGCAUCAAGGCAGUGGGUAUUUUGGACGUACGUGGCAGCCAGGAGAUGUGGUUGGAUGUAUGAUUAACCUGGCUGAUGCUUCGAUGAUCUUCACGCUGAACGGGGAGCUGCUGAUCACCAACAAAGGCUCUGAACUCGCCUUCGCUGAUUACGAGAUUGAGAAUGGCUUUGUGCCCAUCUGCUCUCUGGGACUGUCUCAAAUCGGCCGCAUGAAUCUCGGGAUGGAUGCCAGUACCUUCAAGUUUUAUACCAUGUGCGGACUCCAAGAGGGCUUUGAGCCUUUUGCCGUCAACAUGAACCGCGACGUGGCGAUGUGGUUCAGCAAGCGCCUCCCGACGUUCGUCAAUGUGCCAAGGGAUCACCCCCAUAUAGAGGUGGUGAGGAUCGAUGGCACCAUGGACAGCCCGCCAUGCCUCAAGGUGACGCACAAGACGUUCGGCACACAGAACAGCAAUGCCGGCAUGAUCUACUGCCGCUUGAGCAUGCCCGUCGAGUGCCACUCCUCCUUCAGCCACAGCCCCUGUCUGGACAGUGACGCUUUCCAGAAAAGGAAACAGAUGCAAGAAAUACUGUCUCAUACAACAACACAGUGCUACUAUGCAAUCCGCAUCUUUGCUGGACAGGACCCUUCCUGCGUCUGGGUUGGAUGGGUGACGCCAGACUAUCACUUACACAGUGAAAAAUUUGACCUGAAUAAAAACUGUACGGUGACUGUUACUCUAGGGGAUGAAAGAGGCCGGGUCCACGAAAGUGUGAAACGCAGCAACUGCUACAUGGUCUGGGGCGGGGAUAUUGUGGCCACCUCCCAAAGAUCAAGUCGGAGCAACGUGGACCUGGAGAUCGGCUGCCUGGUGGAUCUGGCCAUGGGCAUGUUGUCCUUCUCGGCCAAUGGGCGAGAACUCGGCACCUGCUACCAGGUGGAGCCCAAUACCAAAGUGUUUCCAGCAGUCUUCCUGCAGCCCACGAGCACUUCCUUGUUUCAGUUUGAACUUGGGAAGCUGAAGAACGCGAUGCCCCUGUCGGCGGCCAUAUUUAAGAGUGAAGAGAAGAACCCAGUUCCGCAGUGUCCACCUCGGCUGGAUGUCCAGACCAUCCAGCCCGUGCUCUGGAGCCGCAUGCCCAGCAGCUUCCUGAAGGUGGAGACGGAGCGGGUGAGCGAGCGCCAUGGCUGGGUGGUGCAGUGCCUGGAGCCCCUGCAGAUGAUGGCCCUCCACAUCCCCGAGGAGAACAGGUGUGUGGAUGUCCUGGAGCUCUGUGAGCAGGAGGACCUGAUGCAGUUCCAUUACCACACUCUACGACUCUACAGUGCCGUGUGCGCCCUGGGAAACAGCCGGGUGGCCUACGCCCUGUGCGGCCACGUGGACCUCUCCCAGCUCUUCUAUGCCAUCGACAACCAGUACCUCCCUGGCCUCCUCCGCUCUGGUUUCUAUGACCUGCUCAUCAGCGUCCACCUGGCCAGCGCUAAGGAGAGGAAGUUACUGAUGAAGAACGAGUACAUCAUUCCCAUCACCAGCAGCACCAGGAAGAUCCGCCUGUACCCAGACGAGACCAAGAGGCACGGGCUGCCAGGGGUGGGCCCGAGAACGUGCCUCAAGCCAGGGUUCAGGUUCUCCACCCCUUGCUUUGUGGUGACCGGCGAGGAGCACCAGAAGCAGAGCCCUGAGAUCCCCUUGGAGAUUCUCAAGACGAAGGCACUGAGCAUGCUGACGGAGGCCGUGCAGCACAGCGGGGCUCACAUCCGGGACCCUGUGGGCGGGUCUGUGGAGUUCCAGUUUGUGCCCGUGCUGAAACUCAUCGGGACCCUGCUGGUCAUGGGGGUGUUUGAUGAUGACGACGUCCGGCAGAUCCUCCUCCUGAUCGACCCCUCUGUGUUUGGGGAGCACAGUGCGGAGACAGAGGACGGAGCCGAGAAGAAGGAAGUGACCCAGGUGGGGGAGAAGGCAGUGGAGGCUGGGAGAAAGGCCAGCAAGGAGGCUCCAGUCAAAGGCUUGUUGCAGACCCGACUGCCAGAGUCCGUCAAGCUGCAGAUGUGUGAGCUCCUCAGCUAUCUCUGUGACUGUGAGCUGCAGCAUCGAGUGGAAGCCAUUGUCGCAUUUGGCGACAUUUAUGUCUCCAAACUCCAGGCAAAUCAGAAGUUCCGCUACAAUGAGCUCAUGCAGGCCUUGAACAUGUCCGCAGCGCUGACUGCCCGGAAGACCAGGGAGUUCCGCUCCCCCCCACAGGAGCAGAUCAACAUGCUUCUUAAUUUUCAACUGGGAGAGAAUUGCCCCUGCCCAGAGGAGAUCCGGGAGGAGCUCUAUGACUUCCAUGAGGACCUUCUUAUUCACUGUGGCGUCCCCCUGGAGGAGGAGGAAGAGGAGGAGGAGGACACCUCCUGGACUGGGAAACUCCGUGCCUUGGUGUAUAAAAUCAAAGGCCCUCCCAAGCCUGAGACGGAACAGCCAACAGAAGAGGAAGAGAGAUCCCCUACAACCUUGAAGGAGCUCAUCUCACAGACCAUGAUCCGCUGGGCCCAGGAGGACCAGAUCCAGGAUGCGGAGCUGGUCCGGAUGAUGUUCAGCGUCCUCCGGAGACAGUACGACAGCAUCGGGGAGCUGCUGCAGGCCCUGCGGAAGACCUACACCAUCAGUCAGGCCUCCGUGAGCGACACCGUCAGCCUGCUGGCCGCGCUGGGCCAGAUCCGCUGCCUGCUCAGUGUCAGGAUGGGCAAGGAGGAGGAGCUGCUCAUGAUCAACGGGCUGGGAGACAUUAUGAACAACAAGGUGUUCUAUCAGCAUCCCAACCUCAUGCGAGUCCUUGGCAUGCACGAGACGGUGAUGGAGGUGAUGGUGAACGUGUUGGGCACGGAGAAGUCUCAGAUUGCUUUUCCAAAAAUGGUUGCUAGCUGUUGCCGCUUCCUCUGCUAUUUCUGUCGAAUUAGCCGGCAAAAUCAGAAGGCCAUGUUUGAGCAUCUGAGUUACCUGUUGGAGAAUAGCAGUGUUGGCCUAGCUUCCCCUUCGAUGAGAGGAUCUACCCCACUGGAUGUGGCGGCUUCCUCUGUGAUGGACAACAACGAGUUAGCGCUGGGCUUAGAGGAACCAGACCUCGAGAAGGUGGUGACCUACUUGGCAGGCUGUGGCCUGCAGAGCUGCCCCAUGCUUCUAGCCAAAGGAUACCCUGAUGUCGGCUGGAACCCUAUUGAAGGGGAACGUUAUCUGUCCUUCCUGAGGUUUGCCGUCUUUGUGAACAGCGAAAGCGUGGAAGAAAAUGCAAGUGUUGUGGUCAAGCUGCUCAUUAGACGCCCGGAGUGCUUCGGCCCAGCCCUGCGGGGUGAAGGAGGAAACGGUCUAUUGGCAGCCAUGCAGGGCGCCAUUAAGAUCUCUGAGAACCCAGCCCUCGACCUCCCUUCCCAGGGAUACAAGAGAGAAGUCACGGAGGACAGUGAAGAUGAAGAGAUCGUGCACAUGGGCAACGCAAUUAUGUCUUUUUAUUCAGCUCUCAUAGAUCUGCUGGGCCGCUGUGCGCCUGAAAUGCACCUCAUCCAGACAGGAAAGGGGGAAGCCAUCCGGAUCAGGUCAAUCCUGCGCUCCCUGGUCCCCACCGAGGACCUGGUCGGGAUCAUCAGCAUCCCCUUGAAGCUGCCCUCCCUGAACAAAGAUGGGUCUGUCUGUGAGCCAGAUAUGGCAGCCAACUUCUGCCCUGACCACAAGGCACCCAUGGUGCUGUUCUUGGAUCGUGUUUAUGGCAUUAAGGAUCAAACUUUUCUGCUCCACUUGCUAGAGGUUGGAUUUUUACCCGACUUAAGAGCCUCUGCCUCUCUAGAUACGGUUUCCCUGAGCACCACAGAGGCUGCGCUUGCCCUCAAUAGGUAUCUAUGUUCUGCCGUGCUCCCACUCCUCACAAGGUGCGCCCCUCUCUUUGCCGGAACAGAACACUACACGUCUCUGAUCGACUCUACACUACAGACAAUAUACAGACUUUCCAAGGGACGUUCCCUCACCAAAGCUCAGAGGGACACCAUAGAGGAAUGUUUGCUUGCCAUUUGCAAUCACUUGAGGCCUUCCAUGUUACAGCAACUCUUGCGACGUCUGGUGUUUGACGUACCGCAGCUCAACGAGUAUUGCAAAAUGCCUCUUAAGCUCCUGACAAAUCACUAUGAACAGUGCUGGAAGUAUUACUGUCUGCCUUCAGGAUGGGGGAGCUACGGGCUGGCUGUGGAAGAAGAGUUGCAUCUGACGGAGAAACUCUUCUGGGGGAUUUUUGACUCCCUCUCCCGUAAGAAGUAUGACCCAGACCUUUUCCGAAUGGCCCUUCCUUGUCUCAGUGCUAUAGUGGGGGCCCUGCCACCAGAUUAUUUAGAUACCAGAAUCUCAGCCACAUUGGAGAAACAGAUCUCAGUGGAUGCAGAUGGCAACUUUGACCCCAAACCCAUCAACACCAUGAAUUUCUCCUUGCCUGAAAAAUGGGAAUACAUCGUCACCAAGUACGCGGAGCAUUCACAUGAUAAAUGGGCCUGUGACAAGAGUCAGAAUGGAUGGAAAUAUGGAAUUUCACUGGAUGAAAAUGUAAAGACCCAUCCACUGAUCCGGCCUUUCAAGACAUUAACGGAAAAGGAGAAGGAAAUCUACCGCUGGCCUGCCAGGGAGUCCCUAAAAACCAUGCUGGCUGUGGGCUGGUCUGUGGAGAGGACCAAAGAGGGAGAGGCCCUGGUUCAACAGCGGGAAAACGAAAAGCUUCGGAGCGUGUCCCAGGCCAGCCAGGGCAACAGCUACAGCCCUGCUCCCCUAGACCUCUCCAACGUGGUGCUCUCCAGGGAGCUCCAGGGAAUGGUGGAGGUCGUGGCUGAAAACUAUCACAACAUCUGGGCCAAGAAGAAGAAGCUGGAACUGGAGAGCAAAGGUGGUGGCAGUCACCCUCUGUUGGUGCCAUAUGACACCUUGACAGCCAAGGAGAAGUUCAGGGACCGAGAGAAGGCACAGGACCUGUUUAAAUUCCUCCAAGUGAAUGGCAUCGUGGUUUCGAGAGGUAUGAAGGAUAUGGAGCUGGAUGCCUCCUCCAUGGAAAAGAGGUUUGCCUAUAAAUUUUUGAAGAAGAUCCUGAAAUAUGUUGAUUCCGCCCAAGAGUUUAUUGCCCAUUUGGAAGCCAUUGUCAGCAGUGGGAAAACGGAAAAGUCUCCCCACGACCAGGAGAUCAAAUUCUUUGCCAAAGUUCUCCUCCCACUGGUUGACCAGUACUUCACCAACCACCGCCUCUACUUCCUGUCAUCCCCACUGAAGCCCCUUAGCAGCAGCGGCUAUGCCUCUCAUAAGGAGAAAGAAAUGGUGGCCAGCCUCUUCUGCAAACUCGCCGCUCUUGUUCGACACAGGAUUUCCCUCUUUGGGAGCGAUUCUACUGCAAUGGUGAGCUGUCUUCACAUCUUAGCUCAGACACUUGACACAAGGACUGUCAUGAAGUCAGGCUCAGAGCUGGUCAAGGCCGGGUUACGAGCGUUCUUUGAAAAUGCUGCAGAAGACUUAGAGAAGACUUCAGAAAACCUGAAGCUGGGGAAGUUUACCCAUUCCAGGACGCAGAUUAAAGGCGUGUCUCAGAAUAUCAACUAUACCACGGCGGCCCUGCUCCCCAUCCUGACGUCCAUCUUUGAGCACGUUGCCCAGCACCAGUUCGGGGUGGAUUUACUCUUAGGCGAUGUGCAGCUUUCGUGCUACCACAUCCUGUGCAGCCUCUACUCCCUUGGGACCGGAAAGAAUAUCUAUGUUGAAAGGCAACGUCCUGCCCUUGGAGAAUGUCUGGCCUCACUGGCAGCUGCCAUCCCAGUGGCAUUCCUGGAGCCCACCCUUAACCACUACAAUCCACUCUCAGUCUUCAACACCAAAACCCCCAGGGAGAGGUCUAUUCUGGGCAUGCCGGACACAGUGGAAGAGAUGUGUCCUGACAUCCCGCAGCUGGAAGGCCUGAUGAAGGAGAUCAGCGACCUGGCCGAGUCAGGGGCCCGGUACACGGAGAUGCCUCACGUCAUCGAGGUGAUCUUGCCCAUGCUGUGCAACUACCUGUCUUACUGGUGGGAGCGGGGGCCUGAGCACCUGCCACCCGGCACUGGGCCCUGGUGCACCAAGGUCACCUCUGAACACCUCAGUGUCAUCCUGGGAAACAUUCUGAAAAUCAUCAACAACAACCUGGGCAUCGACGAGGCGUCCUGGAUGAAGCGCAUCGCAGUGUACGCCCAGCCGAUCAUCAGCAAAGCCCGGCCUGACCUGCUGAAAAGCCACUUCAUCCCCACUUUGGAGAAGCUGAAGAAAAAGGCUGUCAAGACCGUGCAGGAGGAGGAGCAGCUGAAAGCCGACACCAGAGGAGACACUCAGGAGGCAGAGCUCCUCAUCCUGGACGAGUUUGCAGUCCUCUGCAGAGACCUCUACGCCUUCUACCCCAUGCUGAUCCGCUACGUGGACAACAACAGAUCUAACUGGCUUAAAAGCCCCGGUGCUGACUCUGACCAGCUCUUCCGCAUGGUGGCAGAGGUCUUCAUCCUGUGGUGUAAAUCUCACAACUUCAAGAGGGAAGAGCAAAAUUUUGUGAUUCAGAAUGAAAUUAAUAAUUUGGCAUUUUUAACUGGCGACAGCAAAAGCAAGAUGUCAAAAGCCAUGCAAGUAAAGUCCGGAGGGCAGGACCAGGAGCGCAGGAAGACAAAGCGGAGGGGAGACCUGUACUCCAUCCAGACCUCUCUCAUCGUGGCCGCGCUCAAGAAGAUGCUGCCCAUCGGUUUGAAUAUGUGCACGCCGGGCGAUCAGGAGCUCAUCUCCCUGGCCAAGGCCCGAUACGGCUCCAGGGACACAGAUGAAGAGGUGAAAGAACAUCUGCGGAAUAACCUGCACCUGCAGGAGAAGUCCGAUGACCCAGCAGUAAAGUGGCAACUGAACCUCUACAAAGAUGUUUUAAAGAGUGAAGAACCUUUCAAUCCAGAAAAGACCGUAGAGCGUGUACAGAGAAUUUCGGCAGCUGUCUUCCACCUGGAGCAGGUGGAACAGCCUUUGAGGUCCAAGAAGGCGGUCUGGCACAAACUGUUGUCAAAGCAGCGGAAACGGGCAGUGGUGGCCUGUUUCAGGAUGGCCCCUCUCUACAACCUGCCCAGGCACCGCUCCAUUAACCUCUUCCUCCAUGGCUAUCAGAGAUUUUGGAUAGAAACAGAGGAGUAUUCCUUUGAAGAGAAACUAGUACAGGACUUGGCUAAAUCCCCCAAGGUGGAAGAGGAGGAGGAGGAGGAGGAGACGGAAAAGCAGCCAGAUCCACUUCAUCAGAUCAUUCUCCAUUUUAGCCGCAAUGCUCUCACGGAGAGGAGCAAAUUGGAAGACGACCCCUUGUACACGUCCUAUUCCAGCAUGAUGGCCAAGAGUUGUCAGAGUGGGGAAGACGAAGAAGAGGAGGAAGACAAGGAAAAAACAUUUGAAGAGAAAGAAAUGGAAAAGCAGAAAACCCUCUACCAACAAGCGAGGCUGCAUGAGCGUGGAGCCGCAGAGAUGGUCCUUCAGAUGAUAAGCGCCAGCAAAGGUGAGAUGAGCCCCAUGGUGGUUGAGACUCUGAAGCUGGGGAUCGCCAUUCUAAAUGGGGGCAACGCUGGUGUACAACAGAAAAUGCUAGAUUACCUGAAGGAGAAAAAGGAUGCCGGAUUCUUUCAAAGCCUUUCUGGUCUUAUGCAGUCUUGCAGUGUCCUUGAUUUGAAUGCAUUCGAAAGGCAGAAUAAAGCUGAAGGCCUGGGGAUGGUUACUGAGGAAGGAACACUCAUUGUUCGUGAGCGUGGUGAAAAAGUACUUCAGAAUGACGAGUUUACACGAGAUCUCUUCAGAUUCCUGCAGUUACUUUGUGAAGGACAUAACAGUGACUUUCAGAACUUCCUGCGGACUCAGAUGGGCAAUACCACCACCGUAAACGUCAUCAUCAGUACCGUGGACUACCUCCUGCGUCUGCAGGAAUCAAUCAGUGAUUUCUACUGGUAUUAUUCAGGGAAGGACAUCAUUGACGAAUCUGGACAGCACAAUUUUUCCAAAGCUCUGGCAGUCACGAAGCAGAUUUUCCAUUCUCUUACGGAAUACAUCCAGGGCCCUUGCAUUGGGAACCAACAGAGCCUGGCUCACAGCAGGCUGUGGGACGCGGUGGUCGGCUUCCUCCAUGUGUUUGCUAACAUGCAGAUGAAACUCUCUCAGGAUUCCAGUCAGAUCGAGCUGCUGAAGGAACUCUUGGAUCUCCUUCAGGACAUGGUGGUGAUGCUUCUGUCCCUCCUGGAAGGGAAUGUGGUAAAUGGAACUAUCGGCAAGCAGAUGGUUGACACACUGGUAGAGUCAUCUACCAAUGUAGAAAUGAUCUUGAAAUUCUUUGACAUGUUCUUGAAACUUAAAGACCUAACCAGCUCAGACACCUUCAAAGUAUAUGACCCAGACGGUAAAGGGAUUAUCUCCAAAAAAGAGUUCCAGAAGGCCAUGGAAGGGCAAAAACAGUACACACAGUCAGAGACUGACUUUCUCCUUUCGUGUGCAGAAGCUGAUGAGAACGAUAUGUUUAAUUACAUCGAUUUUGUAGACCGGUUCCAUGAGCCGGCCAAGGACAUAGGGUUUAAUGUGGCGGUGUUACUGACAAAUCUCUCCGAACAUAUGCCAAAUGAUUCUCGCCUGAAGUGUCUGUUGGACCCAGCAGAAAGCGUACUGAAUUACUUUGAGCCCUACCUGGGACGUAUUGAGAUCAUGGGUGGGGCCAAGAAAAUUGAGCGCGUUUAUUUCGAGAUCAGUGAAUCCAGUCGAACUCAAUGGGAGAAGCCCCAAGUGAAGGAAUCGAAACGGCAGUUCAUCUUCGAUGUGGUCAAUGAAGGCGGAGAGCAAGAAAAGAUGGAACUGUUCGUGAACUUCUGUGAGGAUACCAUCUUUGAAAUGCAGUUAGCCUCUCAGAUCUCUGAAUCUGACUCAGCGGACAGGCCUGACGACGAGGAGGAAGGAGGUGAAGAUUCAUCUUACUUGUUAGAAAUUGAGGGUGGAGAGCAGGAUGACAAGUCUUUUGAAUCUGCCUCUGCGUUUGCCAUGGCCUGCGCCUCCGUGAAGAGGAACGUCGCCAACUUUCUGAGGAAGGCCACCCUGAGGAACCUGCGGAAGCAGUGCAGGAAGGUGAAGAAGCUGACCGUGAAGGAGCUGGUGAAGGAGUUCUUCUCUUUCUUCUGGAUGUUGUUUGUGGGGCUCUUCCGGUUGUUCUUCACCAUAUUGGGAGGAAUCUUUCAGAUCCUCUGGAACACGGUGUUUGGAGGGGGCCUAGUGGAAGGGGCAAAGAACAUCAGAGUGACCAAGAUCUUGGGGGACAUGCCUGACCCCACCCAGUUCGGGAUCCAUGAGGACACUCUGGAUGCGGAGCGGGUGGAGGUGACUGAGCCAGGUGUGCCCCCAGAACUGAUUCACUUCGUGAAGGGUGAGAAGGGAGACGCAGAAGCUAUGUCAGAGCUCUUUGGAUUCCGCCCAAAGAAAGAAGGCGGCUUAAAGCACAGGCCCGAAGGGGGUUUGGGUGACCUCUCGGAGAUUAUUGGCAAGGAUGAACCCCCAACGCUAGAGAGUACUGUACGGAAGAAAAGGAGAGCACAGGCAGCAGAGAUGAAAGCAGCACAUGAAGCAGAAGGGAAAGUGGAGCCAGAGAAGACAGACCUGGAAGACGGGGAGAAGGAGGUUAUGGCCAAAGAGGAAGAGCAAGCCAAGGCCCUGUGGACAGACGUGACAAAGAAGAAGAAGCGACGGCGGGGCCAGAAAGUCGAGAAGCCUGAAGCCUUCAUGGCUAAUUUCUUCAAAGGGCUGGAAAUCUAUCAGACAAAGUUACUGCACUACCUGGCCAGGAAUUUCUACAACCUGAGGUUCCUCGCUCUGUUUGUAGCCUUCGCGAUCAACUUCAUCCUGCUUUUUUACAAGGUCACUGAAGAACCUUUAGAAGAAGAGACGGAGGAUGUUGCAAACCUGUGGAACUCCUUUAACGACGAGGAAGAGGAGGAGGCGAUGGUGUUCUUCGUCCUGCAGGAGAGCACUGGGUACAUGGCGCCGAUGUUGCGGGCCUUGGCCGUCAUCCACACCGUCAUCUCUUUAGUCUGCGUGGUGGGCUAUUACUGCCUGAAGGUCCCUCUGGUGGUAUUCAAAAGGGAAAAAGAAAUUGCCAGGAAGCUGGAGUUCGAUGGCCUGUAUAUCACUGAACAGCCAUCUGAAGAUGACAUCAAAGGGCAGUGGGACCGCCUGGUAAUCAACACACCAUCUUUUCCUAAUAACUACUGGGACAAGUUUGUCAAGAGAAAGGUGAUCAACAAGUACGGAGAUCUCUACGGAGCAGAACGCAUUGCUGAGCUCCUGGGUUUGGACAGAAAUGCCCUUGAUUUCAGCCCGGUCGAAGAGAGCAAAGCAGAGGCGUCCUCUCUGGUGUCAUGGCUGAGUUCCAUCGACAUGAAGUACCAUAUCUGGAAACUGGGAGUCGUUUUUACCGACAACUCCUUUCUCUACCUUGCCUGGUAUACAAGCAUGUCCGUCCUGGGCCACUACAACAACUUCUUCUUCGCCGCUCAUCUGCUGGACAUCGCGAUGGGCUUCAAGACGCUGAGGACUAUUCUGUCAUCUGUAACUCACAAUGGCAAGCAGCUGGUUCUGACUGUUGGGCUCCUGGCCGUGGUGGUUUACCUUUACACCGUGGUGGCCUUCAACUUCUUCCGAAAGUUCUACAACAAAAGUGAAGAUGACGAUGAGCCCGAUAUGAAGUGUGACGACAUGAUGACGUGUUACCUGUUCCACAUGUACGUGGGAGUGAGAGCUGGAGGUGGCAUUGGCGAUGAAAUCGAAGACCCUGCUGGUGACCCUUAUGAGAUGUACCGCAUUGUCUUUGACAUUACCUUCUUCUUCUUUGUCAUUGUCAUCUUGCUGGCCAUCAUUCAAGGUCUCAUUAUCGAUGCUUUUGGAGAGCUAAGAGACCAGCAGGAACAAGUGCGAGAAGAUAUGGAGACUAAAUGUUUCAUCUGUGGGAUUGGCAAUGACUAUUUUGACACGACGCCUCAUGGCUUUGAGACACAUACCUUACAAGAGCACAACUUAGCCAACUAUUUGUUCUUCCUGAUGUAUCUCAUUAAUAAAGAUGAAACAGAACACACGGGACAGGAAUCUUAUGUCUGGAAGAUGUACCAAGAAAGGUGUUGGGAUUUCUUCCCAGCUGGUGACUGCUUUCGGAAACAAUAUGAAGAUCAGCUUGGAUAAAUCAGAAUCAAAGAAACUCCACAAUUCUGGAUGGUCAACUUCCAGUGAAAUGAAUCCUUUUUAUAGUUCUGCAAAAUAUUUGAAAUGUGACAUAUUCUAAAUGGCUCCCUUAUGAGAAAGUGUUACAAAUACGUGAUAUUUUGGAACUGACUUGGCUUUUUUGUGCCUAAUGGACAUUUCCCUGGGGGAGACAACCUACCAAAAUGUUAAAAGAUGGCAAGAAUCGAGGAAAACUGUAGUUGAGAAUACCUUCAAGUUUUUCAGUUCUAACGGAACUAAGUUGUUGCAAUGGUGUCCUUGAGGAAAGGACUAGAAGUAUGAAGUCUUCAAUGCACAAUACCUGAAGUUUCACACAUUUGAAUGUCACAUGACAGUAUCCACGAGUGACUCAUGGUCUGAACUACAAAAAAGUCAGUCAUUUUAACUGCAAAUUUCUCCCAUGGUACUUGCUAGUGAAUGUAUUCAGAAUCGGCUUGAAAAGCUUUAAGCAGUUAAAAAAAAAAACCAACAACACUUUGUCGACACUGAAAUAUCGAUUAAGUGCCUUAAAAUCUCUCUAGAUAUAGCUAUGCAAAUUUUUUAUGUUUAUGUUCCAGACGGACAGUUCCAUUAAUGAGUUGUGUUGAUCUUCCGUCUUUAUGAAACUGCACUUGAAGGUUAAUUUUUUUCAGUAACAGCUUGUCAACUGCUGUUAUUAGAAGUACUGUACUGAAAAUUCAGACAAAUUUCAAUCUUAUGCCAAAUUGAGUACUGCUUUAUGGUCCCCUUGUAAGUAGUGGAGCUGCUGUGUUUAGGUGAAUCUCCUUACAUCAAAGGAAGUGCCCACUGCAAUAAAGUAAUA